ACUAUAGAUCGACACAUCAUCUUGCUUCUCACGGGUUCUAUGAAUUUUUAAAUUGGUUUGAUGAAAGAGCGUGGUAUCCACUAGGAAGAAUAGUAGGUGGCACUGUUUAUCCAGGAUUGAUGAUAACAGCUGGCCUUAUUCAUUGGAUUUUAAAUACAUUGAAUAUAACAGUUCAUAUAAGAGAUGUAUGUGUGUUUCUUGCACCAACUUUUAGCGGCCUUACAUCUAUAUCUACUUUCCUGCUUACCAGAGAACUUUGGAACCAAGGAGCAGGACUUUUAGCUGCUUGUUUUAUUGCUAUUGUACCAGGUUAUAUAUCUCGAUCAGUAGCAGGAUCCUUUGAUAAUGAAGGCAUUGCUAUUUUUGCACUUCAGUUCACAUACUACUUGUGGGUAAAAUCUGUAAAAACUGGAUCAGUGUUUUGGACAGUGUGCUGCUGCUUAUCUUAUUUCUAUAUGGUUUCUGCUUGGGGUGGUUAUGUGUUCAUCAUCAACCUUAUCCCACUGCAUGUAUUUGUGUUGUUACUAAUGCAGAGAUACAGCAAGAGAGUCUAUAUAGCAUAUAGUACUUUCUACAUUGUGGGCUUAAUAUUGUCCAUGCAGAUACCCUUUGUGGGAUUCCAACCAAUCAGAACAAGUGAACACAUGGCAGCUGCAGGUGUCUUUGCAUUGCUGCAAGCUUAUGCAUUCUUGCAGUAUUUGAGAGACCGAUUAACCAAACAGGAGUUCCAGACUCUUUUCUUUGUGGGUGUAUCGUUAGCUGCAGGUGCUGUGUUUCUUAGUGUCAUCUAUCUGACGUACACAGGUUACAUUGCACCAUGGAGUGGCAGGUUUUAUUCACUAUGGGACACUGGGUAUGCAAAAAUACACAUUCCAAUUAUUGCAUCAGUAUCUGAGCAUCAGCCUACGACUUGGGUGUCUUUCUUCUUUGAUCUACAUAUUCUUGUAUGUACCUUCCCAGCAGGCCUAUGGUUCUGCAUCAAAAAUAUCAACGAUGAAAGAGUAUUUGUUGCUCUGUAUGCCAUCAGCGCUGUCUACUUUGCUGGAGUGAUGGUGCGGCUCAUGUUGACUCUGACGCCAGUUGUUUGUAUGCUGUCUGCCAUCGCCUUCUCCAGUGUUUUUGAGCACUAUUUGGGGGAUGACAUGAAAAGGGAAAACCCACCUGUGGAGGACAGCAGUGAUGAAGAUGACAAAAGAAAUCCAGGAAACUUGUAUGAUAAGGCAGGUAAAGUGAGGAAACAUGUAACUGAACAGGAAAAAACUGAAGAAGGAUUAGGUCCUAAUAUAAAAAGCAUUGUUACAAUGUUGAUGCUAAUGCUAUUGAUGAUGUUUGCAGUCCAUUGCACAUGGGUUACAAGCAAUGCCUACUCCAGCCCAAGUGUGGUCCUAGCCUCUUAUAAUCAUGAUGGCACCAGGAGUAUCUUAGAUGAUUUUAGAGAAGCUUACUUUUGGCUAAGGCAAAAUACGGAUGAGCACGCCCGAGUGAUGUCUUGGUGGGAUUAUGGCUACCAGAUAGCUGGAAUGGCUAACAGAACGACUUUGGUGGACAAUAACACGUGGAACAACAGCCACAUUGCACUGGUAGGAAAAGCCAUGUCUUCAAAUGAAUCAGCUGCCUAUAAAAUCAUGAGGACUCUGGAUGUAGAUUAUGUUUUGGUUAUUUUUGGAGGCGUUAUUGGCUAUUCUGGUGACGACAUCAACAAGUUUCUCUGGAUGGUUAGGAUCGCCGAAGGAGAACAUCCAAAAGACAUCCGGGAGAGUGACUAUUUUACCCCACAGGGAGAGUUCCGUGUAGACAAAGCAGGAUCCCCCACUUUGUUGAAUUGCCUUAUGUAUAAAAUGUCAUACUACAGAUUUGGAGAAAUGCAGCUGGAUUUCCGCACACCCCCGGGUUUUGACCGAACACGUAAUGCUGAGAUUGGAAACAAGGACAUUAAGUUCAGGCAUUUGGAGGAAGCCUUUACAUCAGAACAUUGGCUUGUUAGGAUAUAUAAAGUGAAAGCACCUGAUAACAGGGAGACCCUAGACCACAAACCUCGAGUCACCAACAUUAUCCCAAAACAGAAGUAUUUAUCAAAGAAGACUACCAAAAGGAAGCGUGGCUACAUUAAAAAUAAGCUAGCUUUUAAGAAAGGCAAGAAGGUAUCUAAGAAGACUGUUUAAAUCCACUGUUCUGGUUCCUAACUUGAAGCAGUUGUCCUUGCGAGAACCGGUCUUUGCCUUUAGCUCACGUCAUGUUUCACAGCAACAGAGGGUACAGAACCAUCACUGGUCCAGGUUAAUGUACAAAAUUUUCUGACGAUGCCUGAUUAAAAACAAUAAAAUUGGCUUAUUGAGAACAGUGUUUCCGGUUUGUAAUGUGAAGCAAGACAGAGCACUGCUGUCGCUGUCUAGCAGCAGGUUUUUUAUUGGUACAUAUUACCCUUCAAACCUGAGAAUUUGGACUAAUUGCACCAAAGAACCCUCUAAUUUGGUCCUUGGCACAUGCAUACUUGUCAGGUUUUAUUCUUUUAUAAGACCUGCAUUUCAUUUUAAUUCCCCAAAUAGCAAUAUGUAAAAUACAAAUGACAGCGGGUGAGGAGUUUCUUGAACUAGCAAAUGAGUACAGGCCUGAGAUAUUAGGAGAGAAAUUAUACUUCCUUAAAAAAUAAUUUAUUUUCAUGUUUCUCCAGUGCAAAGAAUGUUUCAUCAAAUGUCCAUUUUCUCUUGCUUACUGUUGCCCCUGUCCAAGAAGCUGCUGCUGUUUCAAAGAUGGACCUCUUGAGUCGCCAAUGGGUUCACAUAGUAUUUUCACGUUGACACGACUGCUGCGAGUUGUUUUCUCCAGGUACUUACAGAGCAGAUGCCGUACAUUGUUCAUUCAAGGGCUAAAUUUAUAUCCUUUGGAAAUCAUGGCAACACCAGGAUGGAGUUGGGUAUCUCAGUACUGAGGGUAGCACGAUGUUUACACGCAGAGUUUAAGGAAAAACCCUUCAAGUUGGCAGGUAUCCAAAGUUCAUUUUCUGUGACUCUUCAACAUGACAAAGGAUUUGUAAACUUCGCCUGGAUUUCUUUCGUGUUUUAAAAAAAAGACAUCCAUCACAAUGGUUUUGUUCUCUGCUCCAUACUUUUUAAAAUCCCUUAGGCAUUUGAUGAAACACUCUUUAGAGCUAUAUGCAUUUUUUACUUUUAUUAAAAAUGUGACAAUUGUCAAAUGCACUAAAAUAUAAAUGGAGAUUGAACAUGUUCACUUUCCAGCUUAUAGGCAACUUUAUACAGACUUGAAAAUUUUCUCCAGUUGUUUAGUGAAAGAGAAGGGGUUUUUCCUGCCACAGGAUAUAACUUUUUUUUAUAUAACAAGCAUAAAAGUGCAGUAUGUACCUUUUAUGAAGAAAAAUGUAAUUUACAAUGUUCCGUGAGAAUGUUACUGCUGAUUUUCUUUUCCAAGGUGUAGAAUAUGUCUUUGGUUUAUAAAAUUCAUUUUUGACCCUAAUGAUGGUUCUUUUUACAGACCAAUAAAAUGGCUGUAACAUUUUCACAAAUAAAAUGUAACUAAAUUUGGAUUUCUGGUACCUUGUCAUUGGGGAGGAGGGGGGGAUUGUUUUACUUUGUUGCAUUAAAAUUCAAUGCAGAGAAGUUGUUGACUGUAGGGGAAAUAAAGUUCGUUCAAAUUUUG